GAAUUUCAAGCAUGGGGCACAAGCUGCUGCUGGAGGGGACACGAGACUUGGACGCGUGCCGUCAGACGAUCCGCCAUUCCUCCGGAAGGAACCCCAAUUUUGCUUUGUUGCCUCGAAUUUGCAGAGACACUGAUCAUUUUUGACGGCGACCCGAUGGCGUCGCCGGACGACAACUUGCCCUCACGGCUUGCCCGUGAACGGCCGCCGCCUCCGUCAAAGGCCGAGGUCGACGAAUUUUACCAAAACGCUCGCCUUUCCCUCCCUACGCCUCUGCGGCUCCCGCUCGCAUCGGUAUUGUCUUUUCUCGCUGGAUUCACUUUGGGCACGGCGCAGGGAGGCAAGGCGGCGGGACUGCGGUUCCGAGCAGAGCAUGCCCACAAGCUGCCCACGAGCGUGAGAGGCUGGUAUCUUUACCACAAAAGCAAGAACUACCACAUGGCUUACGGCGGGAUCCUCGAGGGCAUCAAGAUGGGAGGCAAAGUGUCGUUUUGGACCACCGCCAUGUCUGCGAUCGAGGAAAUGUUCGAUUCGUACCGCGGAACGGCAGACCUCUUCAACACGGUGACAUCCUGUGUUACCGUGGCUGGCGGUUUCAGUCUCUGGAAUCGUUUCUCGUUGCCCAUGACCGCUCGAACGACGAAGGCGGCGCUCGUCGCCGGCAUUGUGUACGGAGGGCUCCAGGACCUUGUCGGCAUAGCAAGAGGCCGUCCGAUUGGAUACGUCGACUGGAUUAAAGGACGGCUGGGGUCGCCGCGACAAGAGCAGCGCAGAAGCCAGUAGGAGACGGCUGCACCUCUCUUGGGCUUCUCAAUCCAUCGGCCAGCUUGCUUUACACCUCCCAUCCUGGCUGCCGUCGUUCGUGCGAGUCGUCCGUACGGGCCGACCGUGCCCUCCUUGGACCGAAGCAGCUCUUC